AUGCGUCGCCUGAUCAACCAGAGGCCAACGCGCUGGCUCGGCACCGUACUGACACUGCUGCCUUUCGUUGCGCUGCUUGUUUUCUACCAGAUCUCUUCCAGCGCCCGCCUUGCCGAGAACGCCCAGGACAGAAUGCUGCCCAGUUUCAGCACCAUGGGCAAUUCAAUGUAUACCAUGGCAUUUACAGAAGAUCGGCGCACCGGGAACUACCUCUUCUGGACCGACACGAUGGCAAGCAUGCAACGGCUGGCCGCCGGGGUGGGAACCGGAGCAUCUCUGGGCCUUCUUCUUGGCGUUCUGGCUGGCCUGAUCCCUCUGGCCAGAGCAUCUCUGUCGCCAUUUCUCGCAGCCAUUGCCAUGGUGCCACCGCUUGCUCUGCUGCCCAUUCUGUUUAUUGCGCUCGGGAUCGACGAAUUAUCAAAAGUGGUGCUGAUUGCCAUCGGUGUAGGGCCGUUUAUUGCCCGAGAUCUCGAAGCACGCAUCCGCGAAAUGCCGAUGGAAGAAUUAAUCAAAGCGCAGACGCUUGGCGCCGGUACCUGGCGCACGCUGUGGCGGGUGGUAUUGCCGCAGAUGAUGCCGCGCCUGUUAGACGGCGUAAGACUUUCGCUGGGAGCGGCCUGGUUGUUCCUGAUUGCUGCUGAAGCGAUCGCUGCAACUGAGGGCCUCGGUUACAGAAUCUUUCUGGUGCGCCGCUACCUGGCGAUGGACAUCAUUCUGCCCUAUGUCGCCUGGAUCACCCUGCUGGCGUGGUUGACAGAUUAUGGCCUGCGUAGAUUGAAAGACAUGAUCUUUCCCUGGCAGGACUUAUACAAGUCCUACGAUGACACGGUCGUAUUAGACGGCAUCAACCUGGACCUUGCUUCCGGGGAGUUCUGUACCAUCGUUGGCGCAUCUGGCUGCGGUAAAAGCACUCUGCUUAAGCUUUUGUUAGGCCAGGAAGCACCUACCUCUGGCAAGCUUCUGCUCGACGGCAAACCGUUGCCCUCAGAGCCUUCAACCGAACGCGGCAUCGUUUACCAGAGAUAUUCCGUAUUCCAACAUCUGACCGCUGCACAGAACGUGCGCCUGGGGCUUGAACUGAGAGAUGGAGAUCGGAUCUUCGGCUGGUGUUUCGGCGCUCGGCGACGCGCGAUUCGUGCACAAGCACUGGCACUGUUAGAAGCUGUUGGUUUAGCUGAUGCCGCUGAUCGAUAUCCGGCGCAACUUUCCGGGGGUAUGCAACAACGCCUGGCGCUUGCACAGGCUAUCGCACGACAGCCACCACUGCUGUUGCUGGAUGAACCAUUCGGCGCCCUCGACCCUGGCAACCGAAGCGCCAUGCACGCAUUAAUGCGUGAACUGUGGCUGGGCACAAACAUGACCGUGGUCAUGGUCACACAUGACUUACCCGAAGCUUUUGGAUUGGGCCCCGCAGUGCUGGAGGAACGCCUGCCAGCGGGAUGUCACUUCUCUCUGGUUGUGCGGCGCGGCUAUACACUGCGCCUGACCGAUAUCAGCGGCGGUGCCAACGUGGGCUUGCUUGCUUUCAACCAGGAUGAGAAAAGCGAGCGCUACAACAUGGCGGACACGCUUAAGGCGCAGCAUGUCUCCCAUCUUGCGGCACCGCUGGUUCUGUAUUCAGAUAUGGGACGGGUGCUGAUGUCCAUGACCCACGACGACUGCGGCUGGCAUGACACGAUCUGUGGCACUACCACUGCAGCAAUGAUAGCGGAACAAUAUGGUGAACUGGAUUUCCAAACUGCCCGCAAUGGUUACCAACGCAAUGGCCGCGAUGGGUUCCUGGUAGAACUGGGUCGUUGGGGAUUGUCACGAAGGGAUCUGGUUGCAAAUGUAAAUCUGUUCAGCCGGGUGGUAACCGAUGAUGAAGGCAAUAUGUCAUUUGUUGCCGAUAACUCACCACCUGGUUCCAGCGUUGACCUACGCGCCGAAUUAAAUUGCCUGGUGGCAAUAAACAGCGCACCACAUCCAUUGGCAACUUAUGACACCUAUCCUGACGGCGACGUUGUGUUGUCGGUCCACUGGACCGGCUCCCCCGCAGCAGACGACCCUUGCCGACUCUCACGACCGGAAAACGAACGCAACGAAGCUGUUGAUGCCUUCUUUUUUAAUGCCGACAACCCGAUCGAACGCUACUCUGCUGUGGACACCAUCCGCGCUCAACGCAACGUUUAUCUGACAAAAGGAUCAACACUUUUAUCCACUGAAAACGAGGCGAUGCUGACCAUCGUCGAAGAUACCGUAGGACGACACGACACGUUGGGUGGUGCCUGUGCCUCUGAAAGCAAUACAGUUCGUUACGCACACGAAAAAAAAUUCAUGCACAGCUGUCGGGAUAACUUCCUGCACGCACUUUUAGCCUGGAGUGAUGACUUAACCAAACGUGACAUUGGCAGCAACAUCAACUUCUUCAUGAACGUACCCAUCACACCGGAAGAUCUAUACCCACAACUGACACCAGCCCACGGCAACUAUUUUGAGCCUUUUAUGACAACUCCGAUUCGACGUGUACUUAUCGCAAACCGCGGUGCGAUCGCUACCCGUAUCCAACGCACUUUGAAGAAUAUGAACAUCCAGAGUGUCAGCGUGUUCGCUGAGGUAGAUCGAGCUUCCCUGCACGUGGCCGAUGCAGACUACGCCGUGAGCCUUGGCGAGGGCAGCGCCAGCGACACAUAUCUCAAUUCUGCAAAGCUGCUUGAGAUUGCAGCCAGAUUCAAAGUCGAUGCUAUCCACCCGGGUUAUGGCUUUCUUUCAGAAAACUCUAGUUUCGCUGAGGCCGUCGAGGCGGCCGGCAUCCUUUUCCUGGGACCAACGCCGACACAGAUUGAAGCAUUCGGCUUAAAACACGAAGCCAGACGGUUAGCGCAGGAGGCUGAUGUCCCUCUUCUAUCUGGUUCCGGCUUGCUUGCCUCCCUCGAUCAUGCGCUAACCACCGCUGAGUCUAUUGGCUGGCCUGUCAUGCUUAAAAGCAGUGCUGGGGGCGGCGGUAUCGGCAUGCGCGCCUGCGCGGACGCUGAUACGCUUCGUGCAGCUUACGAGGCUGUGGCAAACCAGGCCGCCAGCAGUUUUGGUGACAGCCGAUUAUUUGUCGAGCGCUUUGUAGAAUCCGCGCGUCAUGUUGAGGUUCAAGUUUUUGGCGACGGCAAAGGUGGCAUAGCUAUUCUGGGCGAUCGUGACUGCUCCAUGCAGCGCCGCAAUCAAAAAGUCAUCGAAGAAGCGCCAGCGCCAACGCUACCAGGCAAUGUGCGCAGCGCGAUGCAUGCUGCCGCGCGACGGCUGAUGGAACGCAUUGCCUACCGAUCUGCGGGAACGGUUGAAUUUCUAUAUGACGCAGACCGGCAGGACUUUCACUUUCUGGAAGUCAAUGCACGCCUGCAGGUCGAACAUGGCGUGACCGAACUGGUUACUCGUAUUGAUCUGAUCGAAUGGAUGGUACGCCUUGCACAAGGAGAACAGGACUUCAUGCAUGAACCCGAUGUACAGGGCCAUGCUAUCCAGGUGCGUUUAUACGCCGAGGACCCUAUGCGUGAUUUCAGGCCCGCACCCGGACUCAUCAGUGCCUUGUCAUGGCCUGCUGAAGAAACCGGCCUGCGCAUCGACACCUGGAUUGAAUCCGGACUCACCGUGCCUGCCGCAUUUGAUCCCAUGCUCGCCAAGAUCAUUGCUCAUGGUCAGGACCGUCAACAAGCUCGCGAACGUCUACGCAACGCUAUUCGGCAUACCCGCGUAGACGGCCUGGAGACUAAUCUAGCCUUCCUGCGUGAAGCACUUGCUUUGCCGGAUUUUAUCAAUGGCCAUCAGACCACUAACAGCACGACCACCGUAGAACUGUCUGCGCGCAGUUUCGAAGUGCUCGCUCCGGGAACACAAUCCAGUGUUCAGGACGUUGACGGUCGCACCGGCUACUGGCAUGUGGGCGUACCACCGUCGGGUGCUUUCGACAGCCGGUCCAUGGCCCGGGCUAACGCACUUGUCAAUAACACAGCGAAUACGGCUGGUUUGGAGAUGCUUGCCAACGGCCCUACCCUGCACUUCACGUGCGAAGUAACAGCGGCUUUGUGCGGCGCAUCAACACAAGCGACUAUCGACGGCGCGAUCGUCGCCCACGAUGCAGCGUUCCAUAUUAAAGCUGGCCAGACCCUCGAAAUUGGCAGAAUCGCAGCAGAUGGAGAAGGGUUGCGCGCGUAUCUUGCGAUCAGUGGCGGCAUCGACGUACCGCUGGUGCUUGGCAGUCAGGCAACCUUUGAUCUGGGAAUUUUUGGUGGUCACGCCGGGCGUGCCCUGCGAACGGGCGACAUCCUGGCGAUCGGAACGCAGCCAGACUCAGCCCACCCUGGCACGCGCCCCGCACAUUCGUUGACUGAGCGCACCCUGCUUCGAGUUGUACAGGGACCACACAUCGCACCUGAUUUUCUCAAUAGUGAUUUUCUUGACCUCUUCUACAGCACACCCUGGACGGUGCAUUACAACUCUUCACGCACCGGCAUUCGUCUGGAGGGACCAAAACCCGGUUGGGCACGCCUGGACGGGGGUGACGCUGGCCUGCAUCCAUCGAACGUCCAUGACAACGCCUACGCUUUUGGCGCUAUCGACUUCACCGGUGAUAUGCCCAUUAUUCUUGGUCCAGAUGGCCCCAGCCUGGGCGGGUUUGUCUGUCCAGCCGCCAUCGCAGAAGCAGACCGCUGGAAACUGGGGCAACUACGACCAGGCGAUAGCAUUACUUUUCAACCUAUUUCGCUUGAAGAGUCUCAGAGUCUUCUCACCGAACCACACACGAGCACACCUGCAAUCAAGUCCUGGCGAGCAGGCGCGCAAGAUGUGAUUCUGGAAACCAACAGCCGUCACGAUGUUGUUAUCCGCGCUGCGGGCGACAAUUUUCUGCUGCUGGAGUUUGGCCCACCGGUACUGGACCUGGCGUCACGCCUGCGUGUUGAAGCCCUGCAGCGAUGGCUGGAACAACAAGCUGAUCCCGACAUACUCGAAAUGACGCCCGGCAUACGCUCACUACAGUUUCGAAUCCCCAUCGGCGCAGACCGCAGCCAACUCCUGCAACUUAUUGAUGAUGGGCUCACAGCGAUCGGCGAAACCCGCGACCUGACAAUCCCGGGACGCAUUGUACAUUUACCCCUUGCCUGGGAUGACCCGGCAACCCAGGAAGCCACCGAAAGAUACAUGCAAUCUGUUAGGGCUGAUGCACCCUGGUGCCCGCGCAAUAUCGAGUUCAUCCGACGUGUCAACGGCCUGACUGACGAGGCCGAAGUUAAAAGAAUCGUCUACGAUGCCAGCUAUCUGGUACUGGGGCUGGGUGAUGUCUACCUGGGCGCUCCAGUAGCGACGCCCAUCGAUCCACGCCAUCGACUGGUCACUACCAAAUACAAUCCGGCGCGCACGUGGACACCUGAGAACGCUGUCGGCAUCGGCGGGGCUUACCUGUGUAUUUAUGGCAUGGAGGGUCCUGGCGGCUAUCAGUUUGUAGGCCGCACUAUCCAGGUAUGGAAUCGCUACCGUACUGACGGCGCGUUCGAACGCCCAUGGUUAUUACGCGGCUUUGAUCAGCUGCGUUUCUACGAGGUAUCCAACGAGGAAUUAAUGGAGUUGCGACGGGAUUUCCCUUUGGGUCGCGCACCUCUGAAAAUUGAACAAACAGAAUUCAGCAUGGCUGAACAUGAAGCCUUUCUAACUCGAGAAGCCCACAGUAUCGAGGCGUUUCAGACACGCCAGCACGUUGCUUUUGAAGCGGAGCGCGGACGCUGGGCACAACAGGGCUACGACCCGACGUCGACACCCCCGCCACCAGUUGCUCAAACCGUUGCCGAUGAUGCGAGCGGAACCCCCAUGGAGAGCCCCGUUACUGGAUCCGUGUGGAAGGUUAUGGCCGAAGCAGGCGCAAGUGUCAGUGUAGGCGACGUUGUGAUGAUCAUUGAGUCUAUGAAGACUGAAAUUGAGGUGCUUGCCUCUACCUCAGGGCUGGUAGAGACAAUUCUGGCGAGCGCCGGUACGCCGGUUGAAGCCGGUCAAGCGGUUGCUUUGAUCAGUCCAACGGCUUCAUAA